AUGGCAGUAAGGGCGCCCGCUGCUCCUUCCGCUGUCGCUGCCGCUGCCGCUGCCGCUGCUGCUGCCCCUGCCCCUGCCGCUGCCCCUGCCACCCCCUCCAAGAAGCGCCGCCGCACCACCGCCACCCCUGCUGCCUCCCCCGCCGCCGCCGCCGCCGCCGCCACCACCGCCACCGCCUCCAAGAAGGAGAAGAAGAAGGAGAAGAGGAAGAGGAAGAAGAAGAAGGUCCGUAAGUGCGUACGGGACGUAAAGAAGUCCGUAGCGGCUCUAGAGCUUGCUAUAGAUUCCUCCUCCUUAGAGGACAGUGAUGAAGAUGAUGAGGAUUAA